AAUGUCAACUGCACUGUUUGCGUUUUCCUGUAAUAUUUUAUUUUUGUGAUGAGAAGAGGAAAAUAGUUUUCGUUACAGUUAAAUGAAAUACAUAUAAGUGUUCCGUACAUGUUAAGACAUAAGCACAAUUAAUCUGGUGUUACAAGUAGCAAAACUUUCUAAUAGCCUCAAGGAAUACCGUGACAUCAUUUCUCUAACAGUUGGCGGUUAGAGAGAGAAGAUGAGUAGCCAGCACCAGUACAUGUCCGUGAACAACACGCCCAGCACGAGGGUCGGGGACAUCGAACAUAUCAGUCACUUAUCUGAACACAUUGGCUCACUAUGCCUCUCCUCCGAGUACUCCGACGUGACCCUGAUCGUGGAGGGGCAGAGGAUCCCCGCGCACAAGGUCAUCCUGGCCGCCAGCAGCGACUACUUCCGCGCGCUGCUGUACGGCGGCAUGCGGGAGGCUAACCAGGCUGAGGUGGAGUUACAAGCGCCACUUCAGGCAUUUAAAGCACUUCUUCGUUACGUUUAUUCAGGCCACAUGGGACUCUCGAACCUUCGCGAAGACACAGUCCUCGAUAUGUUAGGAUUGGCGCACCAGUUCGACUUCCAAGAGUUAGAGGCAGCCAUAUCUGACUACCUUCGACAAGUGUUGGCGUUACGCAAUGUAUGCUCUGUGUUGGAUGCCGCUAGACUGUACGGCCUUGAUGCUUUGAUGGACUACUGUUACAACUUCUUGGACAGAAAUGCCACAGAGGUCCUUCAGCAUGACUCCUUCCUACAGUUAUCUGUUGAGGCAUUACAAGGUCUUCUGGAGCGAGAUUCAUUCUUCGCGCCAGAAGUGGACAUUUUCAAAGCAGUCUGCAAGUGGUUUGAGGCUAACCAACAAUGGGUCAAAUCGGAAAGUGGACAAGCACAAGUGGAGAAGAUCCUAAAAUGUGUACGUCUCACACUAAUGAGCCUUGAAGAAUUACUCCGAGUUGUUCGGCCAUUCGCGCCCGUCACUCCAGACAUGUUGCUUGACGCCAUCCACGACAAAACUCGAACUCGCAGCACGGAUCUACGCCACCGGGGCUUACUACUCCCAGAAGAAAACGUAGCCACACUAAAACGCGGAGCCCGCGUCAUAGCCGGGGACAUGCGCUCCGCCCUCCUGGACGGAGACUGCGAGAACUACGACAUGGAGCGGGGGUACACCCGGCACACCAUCAGCGACGACCCCAACAACCCGGGGAUCCUGGUUCGACUCCCGGCCCCGACCAUCCUCAACCACCUGCGGCUGCUGCUGUGGGAUAGGGACAACAGAUCAUACGCGUACUUCAUAGAAGUAUCGGUUGACCAGAAGGACUGGGUGCGAGUGAUCGACCACAGCAAGUACUACUGUCGCUCGUGGCAGAACCUGUACUUCCCGGCCCGAGUGGUGCAGUACAUCAAGAUAGUCGGCACCAGCAAUACUGUCAACAAGGUAUUUCACGCAGUGGCCUUAGAAGCGAUGCACACAGCGCGCGUGCCUCCGUUAAGCAACGGCCUCGUGAGGCCUCUGCACAACGUGGCCACCGUCGAGCUGUCCGCCGUGGUUAUUGAGGGCAUCAGCCGCUCCCGCAACGCGCUUCUAAACGGCGACACGGAGCACUACGACUGGGAGCAAGGCUACACGUGCCACCAGCUCGGCUCGGGCGCCAUCGUGGUGCAACUGGCGCAGCCCUACCUGCUCUCCUCCAUCCGCCUGCUGCUGUGGGACUGCGACUACAGACACUACUCGUACUACGUCGAGACUAGCGUCAACUACUGGGACUGGGAGACCGUGUGCGACCGCACCAGAGACGCCGCCAGAUCGUGGCAGGUGAUUUAUUUUUCUCCGCGUCCAGUGUCCAUCAUACGAGUUGUAGGAACCAAUAAUUCAGUUAACGAGGUGUUCCACAUGGUGCACCUGGAGUGCCCGGCGCAGGUGGAGGAGGCGGCGGGCGACCCGGCCGCCAAGAAGCCGCGCGCCGACACACAGCCGCCCACGCCUAACGGCUCCAACAGUAACGCCAACGGUAAGUGCAGUGGUUGAAGAGUGUUAUAUUGUGCAGGUGUCCCACAUGGUGCACCUGGAGUGCCCGGCGCAGGUGGAGGAGGCGGCGGGCGACCCGGCCGCCAAGAAGCCGCGCGCCGACACACAGCCGCCCACGCCUAACGGCUCCAACA